AAAAUUUCAAUGCUAUUUACACCUUAAUUAAACCUGAUGUUCACCACACAAAAGUUACAAAAGGUAACCUUUUUCUUUACAACUCCUGCAAUAAGAAUUGAAAAUUCUCUACUCUUUACACGUGUCCAUCAUCCCACUAGCUAUACUUGUGCCAACAACACCAAUCCUUAACACUUGUCAAGAAAGGACACUUGCUCCAAAAAGAGGAAAAAAGGUUAACCUCAACUACCCAAAAAAGGAGUGAAAAAAUAUAUAUUCACCUCAUCACCAUACAAAAACCAAAGGUAAAAUGAAGCAAUUACACAAAAAAAGAAUACCAAACCUCUAAAUAAAGCAACCAAUCACCACCGCCCAACGCGCACACGCCCACGCGCUCCCCUCGCACGCCACCGGACGAACACCUCGCCGACAACCUUUGCUCCGGCGACCGGAGGUCGGAGAGAGAGAAGAGAGAUGAAGAUGCCGGGGCGCCUGCUCGCCGCCGGAGCGGCGGCGCUGCUGGUGGCGGCGUCGGUGAUGGUGGCGACGCUGCUGACGGCGCCGCUGCCGUUCCUGCCGUCGCUGAUGCCGUGCCUGCCCGCGGUGACCGCGCCGUCGGGGUCCGGGUACUCGCCGCCGGGCCUCGCGGCCCUCGCCGACGCCGCCGUGAGGUACGCCACGACGCCGACCGUGCCGCAGCAGUCGCGCGCCGAGAUCUCGCUGUCGCUGGCCGUGCUCCGCCGCCGCGCGCCGCUGCGGCUGCUGGUGUUCGGCCUGGGCCACGACUCGCCGCUGUGGCACGCGCUCAACCCGGGCGGCGCCACCGUGUUCCUCGAGGAGGACCCGUCCUGGUACAGCGUCGUGCGGGGCCAGUCGCCGUUCCUCCGCGGCCACCUCGUCGCCUACCGCACGCGCCUCGACCACGCCGACCGCCUCCUCGCCACCUACAAGGACCACCCCUCCUGCCUCCCCGGCGGCGGCGGCAAUGGCGGCGGCGACGUGCCGCGCGUGCGGGGGAACGCGGAGUGCCCGCUGGCGCUGCACAACCUGCCGGCGGAGGUGUACGAGAAGGAGUGGGACAUGGUGAUGAUCGACGCGCCCAAGGGGUACUUCGCGUCGGCGCCGGGGAGGAUGGCGGCGGUGUGGACGGCGGCGGCCAUGGCGCGCGGGCGGCGCGGCGAGGGCGACACCGACGUGUUCCUCCACGACGUCGACCGCCGCGUGGAGAAGGCCUACGCCGAGGAGUUCCUCUGCGAGAGGUUCCGCGUCGGCGCCACCGGCCGCCUCUGGCAUUUCAGGAUCCCGCCGGCGUCGCGCCGCGGGAACGGCACGGCGGCCGCCGGCGGCGCCGGCGCCGGCGAUGGGCGGCGACCCUUCUGCUAAGGAAGUAAGGAUUGCGAUUUUUGGAGGGGCUUUUUUACAAAAUGGCCUCGAUUAAGCGGGUGAAAUACAAAUACUGCUACUACUACUACGAAAAUACGAUCGUCGUGUAGGAAAUUUCCGGAUUCCUCUAUCCUCUGCCACUUGCAAAUUCAAAACUUGGGAUAUUUUAAAUUUGAGGUAAACAUUCUGAACAGAGAUAGAUGCUAGAGAGUGAUUUGAGUCUCUCGAGAUCACUAAAGUUGGUGUGAACAACAACACGGUGUGUAUCUCUUUUCAGUUUGUAAUAAUAGAAACAAUGAGGUGAUUUUGUUUUUUUUUUUUGGUAUGAGUACAUACUAAUUUUUGAAUAACAUUGGUACAUCAGGUUAACCUUGAA